AAGCAUUUAUAUGUGUGCGCUGCGAGCCACAGCUUUUAGCUGUCUGCUCGGCGUUGUUCUCAAAGACGCAACAAACUUUUUUUUUCCCCCCGUCUGCUCUGCAAGUACCACCGGAGCAGAAUCUGGGAUUUCACCUUUUCUUCUCGACUGCUCGGUUUGAUCGGCACCAGUCGUGGCUUUUAAAACGUUGCAGCUACCCAGUUAGGAUCCUGGUUGAUCCUCCAUGAAAUUGCGACUGCCACAGGAAAACAGAGAAAUAGAAAAAUGUCUGCAACAAUUCUCUCCGCUUUCUAUGACAUCGAGAUGCUGUGCAAGCAAACCGAGAAAACCCUAAACAUGAAUGCUAUUCACCUGAACAGCAUGUUGGAUAAGAAGGCGGUGGGAGCUCCAGUAAUUAAUUCCAGCACCGCAAACUGCUCCAGCUACACGCCGGGCUUCUACCGGCGGAACUCGACCAGCAACUUGGACUCGCUGGCCAACAGUAACAAGUAUCCGGUCACUCCAUACAGCAACCUCAAGGACAGCACAUCAAGCAGCAGCAGCACCACUACUACUGCCAUUAUGAACAAAGAAAACAAGUUCAGAGACCGAGCUUACAGCGAGAAUGGGGAGCGCAGCCAGCACAUCCAGGUCGCGCAGCAGAAACCCGGCUCGCAGAUCAACUCCACCCGCUACAAAACGGAGCUGUGUAGGCCCUUUGAGGAGAACGGGGCGUGCAAGUACGGGGAGAAGUGCCAGUUCGCCCACGGAUAUCACGAACUGAGGAGUUUGUCCCGUCAUCCAAAGUACAAAACCGAGCCCUGCCGCACAUUUCACACCAUUGGCUUCUGCCCCUACGGCCCUCGCUGUCAUUUCAUACACAACGCCGACGAGAGGAGGCCGGCGCCCAGUAACGCGAACAGCAGCGCGCUGCAGAGCGACCCCAAGCCCCCCAGGGAGUUGUGCGGGUUCCAUCAAAGGGACAUCCUGCAGCAGCACGCCGCUUACAGCCAGAGGGACAGACCAAAGCUGCACCACAGCCUGAGCUUCUCGGGCUUCUCCAGUCACCACGGACUUGAGUCGCCUUUGCUCGAGAGCCCCACGUCCCGCACCCCCCCGCCUUCUUCCACCUCGUCCUCCUGCUCCUCUAACCUCUACGAGGACGUGCUCUCGCCCACCUCCAUGUCUUGUGUGAACAGCGCCUUCUCUUUCCCGGGUCAGGAGCUGAAAACCCUCCUUGCUCCCCUGGCAAUCCAUACCCAGCAGUAUGCCAACCCGUCUAACAGUGCUUACUACGGCAACCUUCAGGCCAACGUCUGCCCCCCCUCGCCUCCGUACAACAUGAGCCACUUGCAGUCCCUGCGCCGUCUCUCCGAGUCGCCGGUGUUUGAUUCGCCUCCCAGCCCCCCAGACUCUCUCUCAGACCUGGAGAGCUACGUGAGCGGGUCCCUGAGCUCUUCAGGAAGUCUGAGCGGCUCCGAGUCGCCCAGUUUGGAUGCAGGAAGGCGUUUGCCAAUCUUCAGCAGGCUGUCGAUUUCAGAUGAUUAAUUGCCCUACUUGUGCUUGCAAUAAUGGGGACGGAAACGACUAUAAAAGACCCCACCUUCCCAUCUCCUGAGUUUCCCAACAAUGUGUAACUUUUAACACCCUUAAGACGAAAGAUGCGAACCGUUAAAACGAAUGUUGGUGAAACGCUAGGAAAUAUUCCCAAACAUUUGAGACGGCAUUAGAUUUUCUUUCAAGUAUAAAAAAGUACAUCAACAGAAGGCAUUCCAUCUCUGAUAAAAAGAACUUUGCAAGAACUUCAACUGUAAAGUUAGGUCUACCGUGCAAAUUACACAUUCAGGAAAAAGUUGUGAACUGCUUUUGUUCACAUAUAUAAAACAAGACUUUUUAAACGAAGAAAGACUGUAAGCUGUUCUGAAAUAUUCCACCAUCCUGCCAAGAAUAUGCCUUGAUAUAUAAGUAUAUUUUCAAACUAUUUUGUUUAUAAACCUUAAACUUCCAUUCCAAAACUUUGAUCUGUUUCACAGCGCCACACAGUGGCAUAUUUGGCUAGUGCAGUUUGUUGCUUUUUCCAAAAGCACUGUUGAGUUCAGCUCGUUUGGGUAAUGACUGCUGAUGGUUGAAUAUUUUUUUUUUUUAGCUGUUUUGAUGGAUUACAUAGCGGUGCACAACUUGCUAUGAAAACUAUUUAACUUAUUUAUUAUCUUGUGAAAAGUAUAGGCUACAUUGGUAAUUGUCCAUACUGUAUUUAUCAAGUAUGAUGAAGCAAUAGAUCUAUAUUCUUUUAUUAUGUUUAAAUUAUGAUUGCCAUUAUUAAUCUGCAGAAUGUGGAGUGUUCUUUUCACAGUAAUAUAUAUUUUUUGUAACUUCACUUGGUUAUUUUAUUGUAAAUGAGUAAAAAAAAUCUUAAUUUAAGAGAUUGUAUGUAAUAUUUAUUUCAUUAAUUUUGUUUUUGUUUACGUUUAUAAAAAGAUGGCGUGAUUUCUGUGUUUUAAGAAGUCAUGUCUUGUUGCUGUGGAAGUUGUAGUUGAGGAAAUUUCUAGGUAUUUCUGUAGAAUGUAAAAGUUGAAAGAUGUUGUAUGGGCCGUCCAAACACAACAGAAUAGCCUUAAGCUUUUUAAAGAUCAGACUUCAAAAGUGGCAAAGAAAACCCAAGUAAAAUAAUUAACCAAAAAAGUAUUUUUUAUAUUUUUUUGAUCACACUGUGAUUCUAGCCAAGUGCCAGAGAAUGUAGCAAUAAUUUGACCCAGUAUUAUUCUGUUAGUGCCUCUAGGGAUCCUGAAACAUACAUGCCUUAAGAUUAAAUUAACCAAAUAAAGUAUUUUCCUACAUAUAUAUUUUUAAGCCUAUUGAAUGUAGUGUUGGGUUUAAAGUCCUCUUUAUCAGGUUGUUACCACUUCUUGAUUUUUUUUUUUCUAACCAAGAGCAACAGAUUUUGCAAUAGUUUUUUUUUCCUCUAAUCCUUAAAGCAUUUUUUUCCUUUAAGAUUUAAAAGGUCUGAAUCUUCCAAACUUGCUGGACGGGAGGGAGUGAAAGAACAACUUUUGUUUGUACAUAGUAGGUACAGAGGAUGAGCACUAUGUACUUUUUUUGGACUACUUUAUCAGAAGUAAAGCUUUUUGAAUGUAACUAAAAACGGACAAAAAGACAACUUGAGUUGUAAUAUAUAUUUUGGGGAGUCAGUUCACUACAAAUUGAGUGUGAGACUGUAAACUUUGUACUGUACAUUUUUGUAGUUCUCCCAAUAAAAUCAUUUUUGAAAAGUC